GGGACGUAGGGGUACAUUGGUUCGAGGUGGAGUUUAUUCCGCGGUGCCACUGAGCUUGAAGGGAAUUCUGCGGCCUCAGGGACACCUUCAUCCGCUGGAAAUGCUGGCAUACGUUUAUCUGGUGCCACUGCUGAUGUCCACUGUUAUGAUGUCAUAACUAAUAAAUGGUCUAGGAUAACUCCCAUUGGUGAACCGCCAACGCCUAGGGCUGCACAUGUGGCAACUGCUGUGGGAACUAUGGUUGUUAUUCAGGGUGGCAUCGGUCCUGCUGGUUUGUUUGCUGAGGAUCUUCAUGUUCUUGAUCUCACUCAGCAACGACCACGAUGGCAUAGAGUUGGUGUUCCUGGCCCUGGACCAGGACCACGCUAUGGACAUGUUAUGGCUUUGGUGGGGCAGAGGUAUCUCAUGGUAAUUGGAGGCAAUGAUGGAAAGAGACCUUUGGCUGAUGUAUGGGCUUUGGACACAGCUGCCAAGCCUUAUGAAUGGCGCAAGUUGGAGCCAGAAGGAGAGGGUCCACCUCCAUGCAUGUAUGCAACUGCCAGUGCACGAUCUGAUGGGCUUCUUCUGCUUUGUGGAGGGAGGGAUGCCAAUAGUGCUGAACAUUCUGAUGGAGGAGUAAACAGAGGCAAAGAUAAGGUAUGUUCAAGAGUUGAAAAAAAAAGGCAAAAACAAAACAGAGAUACUAGGAGGAAUGUAGCAAAUUACAGGACAGUAUAUUUCUUUUGCAAAUUGGAUUGAUCCAAAGAAUCGUGACUGCCUUUCAAUUCUUCAUAAAUAAGUGAUCUUCUGUUUUUGUGCUUGGCUUGAGUGUGAAGUAGAUCAAGAAUGAGAGCAAUGUGAGGCUUGCAAUUCAGUGGAAAAUAAUAUCUUAAUCCUGUUGAACUGCUGUUUGAGCAAAGGAACCUCAAUUUACUAUUGAGGGAACUUUGAACUUCCAGCUAGUUUUGUCUGGGAAAAACCUUUGACAUUCAGGUAACUAAGAAGCCACAGGAAUAUAAAAUGAAGAAUAAUCGAGAAGUGAGUUCAAACCCUUGUGCCUGAAUAUGCACAGAAGCAAGUAGAUUCAAGUGAAUUAAAAAAAAAAAUUAUGAAUACUUGGUCUAACUUGCCUCUAAUACUGAAGGUUUUUUCCUCUUCCUAAAAUCUCAAUAAAAGGAGCAGCAUGGCUAGGAUUUUAUUUUGUGUCCUAUUAUCAGAAUUAGAAAAGUUAUAUGGUCAAGCACACGUAUAGUUUCCACCCAGGCAUCAUCAGAAAACUUAAUUUGGGCGAAGUCAGGUUGAUUUUAAGAGUGACCAGUUCUCUGAAAGAAAUGUUCCUGAGAUAAGCAUCCAUGGAUUAGUGUGAGUAGAGGUAAUCACUGGAAUGACAUCUCCAUCCAUUCUGUUGUAAACUGUAUUUACUCUUUCUUGAUAAGUAAAAUAAUUUGCUUCCUUGU